UGUUACGAAGUCUAGUCAUCCUUGCUUCAAAGGCACAUUCUGGCUGUACAGAUUUUUUUGUUUUGCUGGAAGUCCAUGGUAUAAUCAAUAUUCUACACCAACAAGUUUACUUGGUCCCACAGUUAAAAUCUGAAUGAGAGUAAAAAAACAAGCCAGGAUAAUAUUUCAGGAUUAUAGUAAAGAGUAGCAAUUGAUACUUAAUUCUUUAUUUUCUUUCCAAAGAUGCUUCAGAUAUAAAUCUGGGUCCCCAUCUGUCUUCACACUGUUAUUCAGUAUUUGUUGGUCUUUUACAGCUCACAGACACAUGAAAAUCCUCACCACCCCCAACGAUUCCAACACCAUCACUGGCUUCAUGCUCUUGGGCUUCCCUUGCUCCAGGGAGGGUCAGAUCCUCCAGUUUGUGCUCUUCUCUGUUGUCUACCUCCUGACUCUUAUCGGGAAUGGUUCUAUCAUCUGUGGUGUGCACUGGGAUAGGAGACUCCACACUCCCAUGUACUUCCUUCUCAGCAACUUCUCCUUCCUGGAGAUCUGGUAUGUCACCUCCACUGUCCCCAACAUGUUGGUCAACUUCCUCUCUGAGACCAAAAUCAUCUCCUUCUCUGGGUGCUUUCUCCAGUUCUACUUUUUCUUCUCCCUGGGUUCUACAGAAUGCUUUUUCUUGGCGGUUAUGGCAUUUGAUCGCUCUCUUGCAAUCUGCUGGCCUCUACACUAUCCAACCAUUAUGACUGGACUUCUCUGCAAGAAUCUUGUGGUCAAUUGCUGGGUAUUUGGUUUCCUCUGGUUCUUGAUUCCUAUUAUCAUCAUCUCCCAGAUGUCCUUCUGUGGAUCCAGGAUAAUUGACCACUUCCUAUGUGACCGAGGUCCUCUUCUAGCACUCACUUGCAAAAGAUCUCCUGUGAUGGAGCUUGUCUUCUCCACCUUAAAUUUUCUGCCCCUCGUUAUCCUCUUUUUCUUCAUCAUGGGGUCCUACGCUCUGGUCCUAAGCAAUGUACUAAAGUUUCCCUCAGCAGCUGGAAGAAGAAAAGCCUUCUCCACCUGUGGGUCUCAUCUGGCUGUGGUUUCACUUUUCUAUGGCUCAGUACUGGUCAUGUAUGGGACUCCAACAUCUGAGCAUGAAGACAGAAUGCAGAAAAUUGUGACCCUGUUUUAAUCUGUUGUGAUCCCUCUCCUUAACCCUGUGAUAUACAGUCUUAGGAACAAAGACAUGAAAAGAGCCCUGCAGAAAUUUCUGAAAAUAUAAAGAAGAGUGCUAAUCAAAAA